CCCAAAGAGAGUUCAUUGGUGUAAACUCGACACCACGAAGCAAACGCUCUGAAAUAAUGCUCCAUAGUAUGGAGUCCGACAUCUGUGCUUGCGCAUCCAGGCCACUUGGUCAUGAAUAUUGCGACUGCUGCAAUCGAACGGUAUAGCCCAAUGGUAACUCCGCCAAAUGAAAGCAGUGAGAACACAAAAUCGCGUUGUGUUGAUGAGGGUAACUCCAAAACUUGCUACUUGAGCAACACGUUGGUCCAUUUUACGCAUCAUGAAGGUCUCAAUGCCAGCUUUUCUUGCGGCGGUGAUACCGACUGCUCAAGGCAUGUUCCGAUUCGACUGUUUCAACAACCUUGUGGUGGACCGAGUCGAUCCGAUCGUGAACCCCAGCGAGGCUUCUGGUCAUUUGCACGCCGUCAGCGGUGGGAACGGCUUUAGCAUGAACGCCGACGGUGCAGCUAUGAAGGCAUCCACAUGCACCUCGUGCCCCAUUGGGGCCGAUUUGAGCGCUUACUGGGUCCCACAACUUUAUGUCAAGUUCAAGAAUGGCACCGGAUAUGGUCUGGUGGAAAGCCACCAGAUCGUCUACUACGAGUCACGUCCGAUGGGAGACGAAAAAGUUAUCGCAUUUCCUGAUGGUCUCAAAAUGCUCGCUGGCAAUCCAACGCUGCGUGAGAAGGGCGAUUCCACCGAGGAGAAGGCCAUUACCUGGGUAUGCCUCGACUACGACAACCCGCACCCAGAGCAACAAGGCAUCCCCAACUUUAAAUGCCCCAAUGGCCUGCGCGGACAAGUGAACUUCCCCAUGUGUUGGAAUGGCGUCGAUCUCGACUCGCUGGACCACAAGUCUCACGUGGCCUACGCUACAGGGCUCGACGGAGGCUCCUGCCCUGAUGGUUGGAAGAAAAUGGUCAAAAUCUUCUAUGAGGCCUUCUACAACGUUGCCCAGUACGACGACGAAUGGGACGGUGAUCAGCACCCCUUUGUGCUCGCUAACGGCGACCGCACUGGCUUUGGUUUCCACGGUGAUUUCCUCAACGGAUGGGAUAUCGACGUCCUUCAGGCUGCUGUGGAUCAAUGCGCUAGCAAGAAUUAUUUCAAUUCCGGCGAAUGUGCCCCUCUUUCCGCCUCGUUCAGCGACAAGGCCCCCGAAGCGCGGUGCACGACCCAGUCGGAGAUCGUGGAGGACAUUAUGACCGUGGCGAAGCUCCCUGGUAAUAACCCCGUUGAUGAUGAAAUUGCAGAACCUGCUAGCAACCAAACAUCGUCAUUCUCAAACUCAACAUUCUCCUCGGGAUCUGCUCGUUCAGCUGAGAUCAACGCGGAAUCAGCAAACACAGAGGAUUCCGUCGCAGGUGAAGCUGACAAUAAUGCAAGGGCUACUCCGAUCGAGUCACCAUCAUCACGCAGAUCUGUCAAUUGUAAAGCCACGAUGACUAAGAACCGCAGUGGGUAACGUUGUUCAGUCUGUGGCGUACGUGUUGUAGUGUAGCAGGUCUCUCCGUGCUUUAAGUCAAUGUUGUCUUCAUCUUGUCCGUCUCACCGAAUCAAAAGUGCAUCUUAGCUCUCGUCAUACGAAAUGAAUACGAAAACAUAAGUUAAAGUGCCA